CAUAUAUAUAUAUUCAGUAUACCAACAAAAUAAAUGGUUCACUCGAGGUCCAAGGCAGACCGAAUCUUCGUAAGCACAAUGCCUUCCGCUUCUAGUUUCCUCACAACCAUUUUCUUGCUCCUACUUCUGAACAUCCUUCCCACUACCGCCUCGACCUCCUCGGACCUCAAGAAGAAAGACACAACACCCAGCCCCUGGAACCGCCUCAACAACCCUCAAAUAAGACACACCUCCCCUCCCACCGCAAGUCAAAAAUCCUUCACAAUCACCACCCCACCCGGCACCGACAUCUGGCGUCCCGCUCCAGGCGCCGCAGCAGACAACUUCACAGCACCCUACGUCUACCGGAUCUGCAAAUCCUCCGACUUCAUUCGCGCAGCCGUCACAGUCUCAGCCGACUGGCAAACACGGUACGAUCAAGGCGGACUGGCGAUUGUGUUUCCGAACAGCGGCAAGAAAGGCGCAGCAGCUGUCAAAGGGGCAAAAUGGUUGAAGACAGGUCUUGAAGUGGAAAAUGGAAAACCACAAUUGGGUACCGUGGGAGCUUACGCUUUCUCGGACUGGAGUCUGAGUCCGGUCGUCCCUGCUGCGAAAGGACUAGGAAAAUACGAGGCGCGGUUUGAGAUUGAGAGGAAUGGGACGGAUUUGUGGGUGUAUAAUGUUGUGAAGAAUGAUCGGUAUCCGUUGAGGCAGGCUACUUGGGCGUUUUUGGAGGAGAGAGGAAAGAAGAAUGCGGAGAUUUUUGUGGGGGUUUAUGCGGCGAAGCCGAUCUUUACGGAUGGGAAGCCGGAUAUGAAUUUGACUGUUGAGUUUAAGAAUUUGAGGAUUGAGUGUUGAGGAGAGGUGUUCUGCAUGAUACUGGCGAGUCAAUUUGACUCUGCUGGCCGCCAUGAUGGCGAAUACAAAAGUUGCAACACGGCUGAAUAACACUAGACCUCAGGUUGAAGACGAGACAACGAUGAUUGAAAUAGAUCACGAACCAAAAAUCAAAUACUGCGAACAGCUGAACGAGAGCUAC